UCCCUUUAAGAGUCAGUUUCACUCCCCCCAUUCAUCCCCCCCCCCCGCUUUCUCGCGCUGGGAGGGAGAAGGGAGGGGGUGCGGGGGAACCUCGGUAGGGAUUGGUGCAGCCGCCAAGGCUAGAGGGGGGCUCCUCUCCUCCUUCCUAGACCUCCCCCCAUCCCCCCACCCCCGUCAGUGCGGUGGAAAAGGGCAGUUCCGUCUAGCGCUGACGUCAGGCCGUCUGCCUGCCUCAGUCCCGUAUCUCCAUAUGAAACCCAAUCUCCUUGGACUUGAAGGAGGAGGCGGAGGAGGCGGAGUGGCUGGGGAAGCCGCCGCCGGGAGUCCGUCGCUCCGUCCGGCCAGCGCAGAAACAGAGUAGUAGCUAGGCGCUUUCCGCCGGCGCUGGGGCAAGAGAAACUUACCGAGAGGCUGGAGAGAAGGGGAGCCGGGGGGAGGGAAGAAAGAGCAGCGAGGUCCUCCCCCCUGUUUGACUGUGUCUUCCCCCCACCGUUUUUUGGGUUUGGUUUUGUUUUAUAACUUAAUUUUUCCAGAAUUGUAUUUUUUUUUUAAAGAGAGAAAAGCGCAUUGCCUUCUCUACCCUCCCCGGGCUGGAGCAGCGGCAGCCGCAGGAUCCUCCUUUAUGUGGUGCCUCCCGGAGACCCCCUCGCUCUUCUCCAAGUCCCCCGUUUUCCUCUCCCUCCUUUUUAAAUGUAUAACUUAAUGGGUCUCAACAGCACCGCGGCCGCCGGGCAGCCCAAUGUGUCCUGCACAUGCAACUGCAAAAGGUCUUUGUUCCAGAGCAUGGAGAUCACGGAAUUGGAGUUCGUGCAGAUAAUCAUCAUUGUGGUGGUUAUGAUGGUAAUGGUGGUGGUGAUUACGUGCCUGUUGAAUCACUACAAGCUCUCUGCCCGCUCCUUCAUCCACCGGCACAGCCAAGGGCGGAGAAGAGAAGAGAACCUCUCUUCGGAAGGAAGUCUGUGGCCUUCAGAAAGCACAGUGUCAGGCAGUGGCCUCACAGAGCAGCAGAUCUACGCACCACCACGCUCAGCAGACCGCCUGACGGUGCCAUCCUUCCUUCAGAGGGACCGAUUCAACCGCUUUCAGCCCACCUACCCUUAUUUGCAGCAUGAGAUAGACCUCCCACCCACCAUCUCCCUCUCUGAUGGAGAAGAGCCACCCCCCUACCAGGGCCCAUGCACACUUCAGCUCCGGGACCCAGAGCAGCAGAUGGAACUCAACCGUGAGUCUGUCCGAGCCCCACCUAACAGAACCAUCUUUGAUAGUGACUUAAUAGACAAUUCCAUGUAUGGGGGGCCCUGCCCUCCAAGCAGUAACUCUGGUAUCAGCGCCACAUGUUACGGGAGCAACGGGAGGAUGGAAGGACCACCACCGACGUACAAUGAAGUGAUCGGGCACUAUCCUGGGUCAACAUUUUACCAACACCAGCAGAACAAUGGGACGCCCUCCUUACUGGAGAACAAUAGACUUCACCAGUCACAAAUCAGUAGCCUCGAGAGCACAAUUGCAUGGAACAAAGAUAAAGAGAAGCAAAAAGGACACCCCUUUUAAAAUCCAAGAGAAGGAAACACACAAACACACAUACAUACACAGAAAAAAAGUAAAUUAAACACUCUGCACUUCUUAAAAGAAAAAG